AUGUUCGAGGCCUUGCAGAGCUCCGGCUUCGCCUUGCAGUUUGCCUCCCAGGCGUUGCGCUGUGACCGAGAGGUAGUGCUGGAGGCAGCUCGCAAGGAUGGCUGCUCCAUCCGGCAUGCCUUCUACCAAGCCUUCAGGGAGGACCUCGAGAUAGUCAAAGAGGCAGUUGCCAACGACUGGCGGGCGUUGCAGUACGCGUCCUCCGAGCUCACUCAAAACAAAGAGCUGGCACUCUUUGCCAUCAAGCAGAGCUGGGAAGCUGUGCAGUUCAUCGACGAGGAGUUGCAAGGAGACUAUGAGGUGAUGGAAGCCGCCGUCUCACAGCAUGGAGAGGCACUCCGCUACGCCAGCGAGACGCUGCGCGCGAACCAAGUGCUGGCCGUGCGCUCGUUCUGA